AUGCCGCAGCGUUUCCUGAUGCCGUGCUUGGGAAAAUUCAUUUACACCGUCGGAAAUGGGAGGGCACUGAAAUGUAACGUUCCACCGGUCGAUGAGGAUGCCGCGAAUGAGCUUGCGGCAUUGAGCCUGAGCGACGAAGAACGACGCGAGCGACUGUUGCUGGACGAUGGGCCGCUGGGCGUGGUGUCGUUGCCGUCGUCGGCCGCCACGACGCCCGUGGGCAUCGUGCAAGAGCCGCCAUCACCAGCGGCGCGAGUCUUGCCGCCGUUUGGCUUCGGCGGCCCUGGCCCGAUUCCGCAGCGCCAGGACUCGACGGGUAGCGGGAACGACGUAGCUGCUGUGCCUGGCGCCGCCGCUGGAGCCCACGAAUUCCGCCACCACAUCCACGUGUCGUCGGGACACGCAGCAGCCCGGGAACGUGAGCCGCCCCCACCGCCGCCGCAUAGGAUGCGGCCGAGAUCCGGGUCGCCGGGCGACGGCGAGCCGCAGCCCAUCGUCUUUAUGCCUGACGACGAAAGCUCACCGGAGCCUCCAGCGAGACGCCACCAGACUCGCAGAAUGGAGUCGAGAGAACCAGGAAUGCCCUACGAGGCAGCCCGACCUUCCGCAUCCCAGUUGAUCUUCUCCCAAGGGAUGGCCCUGGACCAGUUCCGGCUCAUUUCUGUGCUCGGGCGCGGCCAUUUCGGCAAGAUGAAGAGCCGGAAAAGAGAAGAAACGCCUUUGUUGAGAAACUUGUGA